CUGACUUCAAUCUCAACCUUUCCGACUUUGCUUCAGCUAUUCAUCCCACAACACCGGCAAGAUGGUGUCCGCAAAGAAGCACGUUCCUAUCGUCAAGAAGCACCCCAAGUCGUGGUUCAGACACCAGUCCGACAGAUUCAAGUGCGUGCCAUCAGCAUGGAGAAAACCAAAGGGUAUCGACAACCGAGUCCGAAGACGAUUUAAGGGCCAAAUGGUCAUGCCAUCGAUCGGUUUUGGCUCAAACAAGAAGACCCGACACAUGAUGCCCUCAGGCCACCGAGCAUUCCUCGUUCACAACGCCCGCGAUGUCGAAAUCCUCCUCAUGCACAACCGAACAUAUGCCGCCGAGAUCGCAUCCGCUGUUUCUUCGAGAAAGCGAGUCGAAAUCGUCGCCAAGGCAAAGGCUCUGGGCGUCAAGGUUACCAACCCCAAGGCUAAGAUCACCACCGAGUCAUGAGCUGGAGAAUACUGAGGAUGUGUUGAUAUGGCUUUCUGGGUGGAUGAAAGGAUGAUAAAUGAGGUCAAUCAAAGCGCGGCCUCGAUGGAUCUAGCAUGUCUAGGAUGAUGGAGUUUGUCAAUCUUACGGCUGCUGCUCAUUCUUGGGCUCGAUCCAAUGCAUCUGGUCGGCCUGAAGAAAACAAAAAAGAAAAUGAUACCAUUUCAGCCAAUUUUCCUUCGGACUGCAAAAUGAUACCAGAUCUUCAUUAUCGAGAG